CGAUGGUAUGCAAAUUGUAGAGGAACAACAGCCGCAGGACAAAGUGGGGGUCAAGGGCAAACGGUUCCAGGAUGACGAGUCGAGUGGAAGCAAUACAUCUAGUAUGGCGAGAGUAGUAGCCGCACCAAGACCUGAGUCGAAUAGGACUGGGACCGUCAGCAGGAGCGAUGGGGGGGUCGAGAGCUAUGACGACAUGCCGGUAGAAGUAGACAACGAUAGGGUAGGGAAGUGCGAAGCGUCAAGUAAUUGA